UAGGCCAAGGGUCAGAUGGCGGACAGUGCGCCUGCGCCGGCGGCCGAGCGGCAGAGCGUCGGCGCGCACCACCGCAGCGGCAUGCGUCGAGUCGCGCACCCAGCCCGCCCAGGGCCCGCGCCCAUCUUCUCCAUUGCUGCUGCACUUCUACUCACAUUAUUCGCCACAACCACAGCUUCUCCACAACAAUAUGUUGUGUGUAAAGACUUUAACUCCCACCGGUGCUUUGCGUUGCAAUCUGAAUUCAAAUAUGAUGAAGCUUUCGCGAGGAAACUCUUCUCGGGCGCUGACUUCACCCGCCACUGUUUUACCAGCAAAACGAAGCCUCACACAGGACUACAAAAAAUUGCCACGGUUACACCUAAUGGUAAUGGAUCGACCAGGCGCCUGCUGUGCAAGUCCGUAGUGGUGGAUAUGCUGACUGAAGCAGCGCUUGAAAGAACAUUAGCAGGAUUUCAAAGAGCUCGUCGAGAUGCGUCCUAUUCCCCCAGGGGACGUUAUAGAGGCCAGACUCAGUCACAGUACUUGGCGAUAGACCGAGGCAGCGGGAAAGACGAAGGAAAGGCUGAGGCUCAUUCCGCUGCUGAUUCAUCCAGGGCCACCGUUAGUGGAAAUAGCGGUAUGGGUCAGGCACAGAGUCAGUCAAUGUACGACCCAAGCUGUGAAGACUGCGUAGGACGAACCGAUUUAGGAGCAGCAAGUUUGCAGCGCCGACCGGGUGACAUAUCCGGUCCAGGUGGGUCAUCAGGCCCAGGGAGUCCUGGUUACGAUGCAAACAGACUUGGAGGACCAGGUCAAAUCGUUGACCCUAGAACUGGCGGUAACGGAUUGAACCCUAAUCAGGCCGGGGCACCGGGAGGAGAUUAUACUGGUCGAUAUGGACAUCCUGGUUCUACUGGGACUGGUGGUUAUGGUCCUGGCCAGGAUGGCACGCCAGGAGGUUCAACAUUAUUCCCUUCACAAGGCAACCAACCAGGAGGAAACAAGAAUGGCGCUUUAGGACCUAAUCAAUCAGGUUACGGGACCAAUCCAAAUGGCACGCCGUAUGGAAUAGGAUCACCAAAUAUGCACGGUUCUACUGGAAUUCCAAAUGGGAAUAACAACGGUGUUCCAGGAGGUAAUAUGGGAAAUCUUCCCGGAGGUAAUAUGGGAAAUCUUCCUGGAGGUUCGGGUGGUCCUGGUGGUGGUGUGAUCGGGCCUUAUGGUACGGGACAACCAGGAGUACCGGGAGUUGGCGGCCAUGGUUCUAAUAGGCCUGGAGUUAACGGAGGUUACAGUGGGCCUACAGGUUCACAAGGCGGAAAUGGCAAUAUUUUACCAGGUAAUCAAGGUUAUGGCCCAAAUGGUGCAAGUGGAGGAGGUAAUUUGCCACCUGGUGCUUUGAUUCAAAAUGGAGACGGAAAGUACGGUCCUAAUCAGAUUGGUAGGCCAGGGAGUGGAAUUUAUCAAGGUGGUCCCCAAAAUGGCUAUACAGGACCUGGACAGUCUGGCCGUUUUCCUGGUGGAGCAAAUUGGCCCUUCGUAUCAGGUUCAAUUCUGGGUGCUGAUGGUAAUAGUUAUUACUGUUGUGUGGCACAAGGACCGGGAAGUAAUGUUGGCCCAGGAGCGCAAGUAGGGCCUCCAGGCCCUGGAGGUCAGGGAACUGGUGGACAAUACGGACCUGGCACGGGUGGAGGCGGUGGGCAGUACAUACCUGGAACAGGUGGUACCAGCGGCCAAUACGGCCCUGGUGGGCAGGGAACUGGCGGCCAAAAUGGACCUGGCUCGGGAGGAGGUACCGGUGGACAAUAUGGACCUGGUUCCGGUGGUACCGGAGGGCAUUAUGGACCUGGCACGGGUGGUGGCACGGGGGGUCAAUACGGACCUGGUGGCACGGGUGGUGGCACUGGUGGACAAUACGGACCCGGUGGCACAGGCGGUGGCACUGGGGGGCAAUACGGACCCGGUGGUACGGGUGGUGGCACUGGAGGACAAUUUGGACCCGGUGGCACUGGAGGACAAUAUGGGCCUGGUACAGGUGGCGGCAGUGGAACUGGUGGACACUACGGACCCGGUACAGGAGGUGGACCUGGUGGACAAUAUGGACCUGGAGGUACCGGUGGAUUACCAGGUACAGGAGGUGGUACGGGUGGCCAAUACGGACCGGGUUCAGGCGGUGGUAGUGGUACAGGGGGACAAUAUGGACCUGGUACUGGUGGUGGAGCCGGUGGCCAAUAUGUUCCUGGAACAGGAGGUGGUACUGGAGGACAAUAUGGACCUGGCACUGGAGGGGGCACAGGUGGACAUUAUGGACCUGGUACAGAGGGUGGAACGGGCGGAUUACCUGGUACAGGCGGUGGUACUGGUGGGCAAUAUGGACCUGGUACAGGAGGAGGUACUGGCGGACAAUAUGGGCCCGGCACAGGCGGUGGUACUGGUGGACAUUAUGGGCCUGGUACAGGAGGUGGUACGGGAGGAUUACCUGGUACUGGCGGUGGGACUGGUGGACAAUAUGGACCUGGCACAGGAGGGGGUACUGGCGGGCAAUAUGGACCGGGUGUAGGUGGUGGUACUGGAGGCCAAUACACACCUGGAACAGGUGGUACUACAGGAGGUCAAUACGGACCCGGCACAGGAGGUCCUGGUGGACAAUACGGCCCUGGCACGGGUGGUGGCACUGGUGGACAAUAUGGACCUGGCACCGGAGGAGGCACUGGAGGUCAAUAUGGACCUGGCACCGGAGGAGGCACUGGAGGUCAAUAUGCACCUGGCACCGGAGGAGGCACUGGAGGUCAAUAUGGUCCAGGUACUGGAGGAGGUGGGCCAGGUACAGGAGGUGGAACAGGUGGACUACCCGGCACAGGCGGCGGUACUGGCGGACAAUAUGGACCCGGUUCUGGUGGUGGGACCGGUGGACAAUACGGCCCCGGCACAGGUGGUGGUACCGGUGGUCAUUACGGCCCUGGUACAGGAGGAGGCACCGGUGGACAAUACGGCCCAGGUGCGGGAGGUACUGGCGGCCAAUACGGCCCUGGUACAGGAGGAGGCACCGGUGGACAAUAUGGACCUGGUACAGGAGGCACUGGUGGCCAAUAUGGUCCUGGCACAGGUGGUACUGGUGGGCAAUAUGGCCCUGGUACAGGCGGUGGCACCGGUGGGCAAUACGGCCCAGGUACUGGAGGCGGCACAGGAGGUGGUGUAGGAGGACAAUAUGGCCCCGGUACCGGUGGUGGUUCAGGUGGACAAUAUGGACCAGGCACUGGUGGUGGGACCGGUGGACAAUACGGCCCUGGCACAGGAGGAGGCACCGGCGGACAAUACGGCCCAGGUGCGGGAGGUACUGGUGGCCAAUACGGACCUGGUACAGGAGGAGGCACUGGGAGCCUACCGGGCACAGGAGGUGGGGUCGGAGGGCAAUAUGGGCCCGGCGGAACAGGUGGUACCGGUGGACAAUAUGGACCUGGUAGUGAAGGUACGGGAACAGGAGGAGGCGUCGGAGGACAAUAUGGCCCGGGUACAGGCGGACAAUACGGACCGGGUACAGGAGGGGGUGGUGGUCAAUACGGACCUGGUACUGGAGGACCGGGCACGGGAGGUACCAGUGGACAAUACGGACCUGGAACAGGAGGAGCCGGUGGGCAAUACGGGCCAGGUACAGGAGGUACCGGUGGCCAAUAUGGACCUGGUACAGGAGGUAUUGGCGGUCAAUAUGGUCCUGGAACUGGAGGAGGCACAGGAGGUGGCGGCGGAGGACAGUAUGGUCCCGGCACGGGUGGCGGUACAGGUGGACAAUAUGGACCCGGUGCCGGGGGUGGCACUGGAGGACAAUACGGACCCGGAAGUGGUCCCGGCGCUCCCUAUCCCGGAGCAACCGGCGGAACCGAUAAUCAAGCGGGCUCAGGUGCACCACAAAACGUGAUUGAUCCAAAUUCGAUUGCUGAUGGAGAUGAUUCAGAAGCACAAGCCAGUGUUAACCAAGCUGCUAACGGCACCGUGGCGUCGGCAUCUUCUAAAGGCGGCAACGAUAAAGGUCGAGCUCAAACUCACGUCCAUGGAACAUAUACCGGUAGUGGAUCUUUUUCAGCUCAAGCCGAAAUAACUGGUGAGAAUAAAGCCGCCAACAGUCAAGUUAUGGGCAACAAAAAAAGUGCUUCAAGUACAGCCCAAGGCAGCGGUCGAAAUAACAAAGCGCAAGCCAAUGUUGAACUCGGCUUAGAAACUGGCUCAGUUGUAACUGGAUCGCAGAGUGAGGGCGUACUACACUCAUCCAACUCACAAGUCCAAGGCAGUGUCAAAGGAGGCAUGGCUGACGCGCAAGCGCGGGGGCCAGGUAGCACGUCUUCUCAAGCUCAAAUAGGAUUCACGCCAUACAAAGAAGGCGAUAAAUCAUCUCAUGACUCACAGAAAACUCCAUUUGUUGGAGGAGGUGUAGCAUCAGCUCAAUCUAGUGGUCGAACUGGCAUGUCACAAUCCCAACUGCACGGAACCUUUAAAUAUGGCAUAACAUACAACGGUGCUGCACAAUCUGGAUCUAGUUUAGACAAAGAUGCAGUUUUCCCUAAUAGGUUACCUUUUGAAAAAAUAGACGUCAAUGACGAAAAUGAUAAAAAUAUUAACAUAAACGAAGAAAAUCUGAAUAUCACAGAAACCGUAGAGUACCCGACGGCUGUGCCUCAACCAGAACAAACCACCACAGAAUUACCUUACGAAAUCGAAACUGAGACAGAGCUGAACAAAGAGGAAAAUCUUAACCCGGCUGAUGAUACCUACGGUGUUCAUAAACACGAAGAUCAUCAUUUACUAAAUGAACCACCUACCAAUCAACCACCGCCAGUGGGCAGUAGACGCUCAUUCCAAUCGGCGUAUAAUCCAGAGGGAGCUGAUUACGAGUACACUACAGACAAGGAUGAAAGUCCGCCAGAAGAUUACGAUGAUGGUUUUGGCCCUGAAGGUACCGAAGCUGGUGAUAAUGAACAAGGCUACACAGGUUACAAUGAGUUCUCUAGAGAUUCGGAACCAACCCAUGAAUCCCUUCACAUUCCGAAAAGAAAAGAAGUAGAAGUAAGACAGACGACUGGUGGUAAUACACAACAUAUAUUGUUAGGUAGUUUAACGGAUCACGACGCAGAAAUAACUCAAAAGAAUUCGGAACGUCCUGAUGAAGGUAAAAUUUACCAACCAGGAGAGCGAGUACCUGGGACUGGUGGCUAUACCAUACCCAUCGGAUUCACAGGCAGUGUCAAGUCAGUGGCGUCCAAAGACAAGACGUAUGUGAUCGGAUCAAAGGAAUCGCCUUCGCAAGCUCAAACAGUUUCCCUCACUCCAGGAAGCGGCAGAGUGAAGUAUAAAUAUCCGCACUUCCCUAGGAACGUUAAUCCUAAAAAUCUAAGAUCAUUAUACAAUUCUAAGCCUGACGACAGUAACAGAUAUGUCUCAGUGUCUAAAUCGGUUACACGAGACUUGGAUGGUGAGAAUAAUAUUCGGAAACAAUAUUCCCAUACCUAUUACACAAAAUCAUCAUCGUGUGGAUACUUUACGUUUAGUUGCACUAUGGUUAGCAGUGCUGAGGGCAGGAAAAAGGUUUGCAAACCAAAAAUUCCAACCAACCCUGAUGGCACACCUAUGAGGUGUAAUUAGCUGUAAUAUAGAAAAUAUAUUAUUUUAUUUAACUACUACUUAAACAUUGUUCUGAGAAUUAGCUAUUUGUGCUUGGUGUAAUUAGAGUGAGUGAUACUGAUAGUAAAAUUAGAACUGUAUACAAUAAUGAAAAUAAAGUCUUCAUAGUAUUGUACUUUGAUAAUGUAAUUAAUUAAUUAAUGUUAUUAUAUGAAUAAAAUAUUUAAA